CUCCAUUUCAAUGGCCCAAAGGCCUCAAACGCAAUUUUUCCCAUUGAUGAUAAAGGGAUAGCCUUCUCAUUCUUCCUCCAGCGGAGCUCCUCUGUGAAACCCAUGGCCGCCACCGCUGCCUGCUCCUCUCUCAGCUCCAUUCGAAGAGGCUUCAAGUACCAUCCUCAAAGAAAUCCAAACUACAAAUUCCAAGCAAUCAAAUGUAGCUCAUCUUUGUUGGGUUCUUUUACCUCUUCCAAGAUUCUUCCGUCACUGGCCUAUGUCAUCCCUCCAUUAAAGCCAGCUGCUGCUUACGAAGCUGCAAGGACUAUCCCCUUUGCCUUGCAAGAUGCAUCAAUGGCUGCCUCUGAUUUUGUGAACAGUAUGACCUUGGCUGACCUCGACCCAGGAACGGCAAAGCUUGCGAUCAGCUUUCUGGGGCCGUCUCUCUCGGUGUUUUCGUUUUUGUUUAUUGCUAGAAUAGUAAUGUCUUGGUAUCCCAAGUUGCCAGUGGGGAAGUUUCCAUAUGUUAUAGCUUAUGCCCCCACUGAACCACUUCUAAUUGCAACAAGGAAGGUGAUCCCUCCUCUCGGCGGAGUUGACGUAACACCAGUUGUCUGGUUCGGAUUGGUUAGUUUCCUCAACGAGAUAUUGCUCGGUCCCCAAGGGCUGCUUGUCCUCCUUUCUCAACAAGUCAGCUAAAUCUUGAUGAGAAUGCUUCAGAGAAACAUUCUUUCGUUUUUUAGUUCUGUAUAUGCAACUGAUCUUCUUAGCUGAGCCUCUUUGGUUCCAAAAGGCAAAGGAUGUGAGAACUUGAAAUUCUUAAUGAAAGAAAAUUUUCCUCA